GAAAUUGGUUAAUCUGAAAGACGAAAAAGAGUUCUUGGUGUUGACGUGGCCGUAAUACGGAAGGACCAACGCUAACAGGGGUACGCGAGAAAGUCGCGCCCUCCUCAACCGACGCGUUUGAAGAUACACUCUCUCUACAAGAACUGACAUAUUCAACCAUUUCCAGCUCAAAGAAUGGCUUUCCAAUCAGCGCCCCCAACCUCUUCAGUCUCCAGCUUAGGGCGCGACAAACAAAGCGUUGAAAUGGAGAGAACAUGGCUUGGACUUUGGCCCGAAGUCACAGAUUUGACUGGAUCGCCCGAGAAACUGGCGUCGGGGUUAGACAAGCAGCUCAAAGAAGUCAUCGCGACUACCAGCCACAGCGCUUUACGCAAUGCGGUGCUGGAACUCUGCAAGCAAAUGCCUGAGGCGUCGGACUUCCUCUCUGUCCUCCUCAUACCGCCUCCAGCUUUCAGCACGAGGGUCGAACACACGGGUGUGGUACAAGAAAAGGCUACCAAGAAAAGAAAGAGGAACAUAUGCGAGAAUUGUGAAGGAGAUGCCGAUGAUAAUGACGGAUGCUGCAAGUGGGCUAUGAUGCAGGCAGCAGAGAUUCAAGAGGCGAAGAACCUCCUAAGCUCCGAUUCUGAGAAGGGGGGCGGUCCGCGCAUCUGCGAUGAAUGUGGCGGUGACCCCGACGAAGGCGAUGGGUGUUGCAAAUGGAAUAUGAUGCGGGAGUCAAAGAAAUAUGAAGCGAGAUUGUUCCUGAGCGUCUGUGACAAAACAAGGUAUGAGUCGGAAUCCGAAUCAGAAUAGAGUCCCGGUAUCCUCAACAUGCAACUGUGGCUGUCGGUAUUUAGCAAUGGAGCUGUGUUGGCGCGGGCAUUGGCAAUGCACUCAUGUGUUUCCACAUACACAGUAGAAUGAGCUUUGCUCAAAUUUAUAAUAUUUUCUGUUUCGCG